AUGCUGACUUUUGCCCAUGAACUGGACUACAUGAUGACAGUUUGUGAUGCUGUGAAAAUGAGAGAAGUUCUCCUCUGCUGCAUUCUUCUUUCUUCCCUUAAACUGUUGCUUCCUGCAGCCAUCCUGGACCUGUCUGGCAUCCAUGAGGUGAGGGGCACAUGGAUGGGAUCUACCACUUUACCAUGUACCUACAUGCCCUCUGAAGGUUUCACCCAGCAAACACUCAGCUGGAGCCUGGAGAGAGACUACAGCAGCUCUACCAUCUUCCGGAGGGACAGCUCCGGCGACCACGUUUUGUUGUCCCGCUUCCGAGACCGGGUCAGCGUCCCAAAGGACAGCCCUGGGAAUGCCUCACUCCUAAUCCAGAGCCUUGAAAUCCCUGACAGUGGACACUACACCUGUCGAGUCACCUGGAGGUCUGAAAAUAACAGCUUGGUAACAAAGGAGGUGACCACUACAGUUAAAGUUGUCAAAGUUGCAGUGACCAAGCCAAUCAUCAGGGCCAGCGAGCUGGGGCUGAAGGUCCCAGCAGGAGCCAGGACCAGCCUGACCUGUGAGGCCAGUGGGUCCCCCCCCAUCAGCUACCGCUGGUUCAGGAGCACCCCGGAAGGCAAAGCUCUGCUCCUGAGCAGCCAGGCUGAGCUGGCAUGGGACAGCCUGCAUCCCUCUGACUCUGGGGUGUACUACUGUGAGGCAGAGAACAAGGUUGGGGGCAGGACCAUGCAGCAGAGCGAUGCUGUGGAGCUGACUGUCACAGGCAUGCGGAGCAAGUUCGUCGCCCAGGGUUUGCGUUGUGCUUCUGCCAGCAAGCGCUGCCCCGGCGGUCGGACCGCGCUCCGGCUGCAGCCGCAGGUUCCGUUCGGUGCCCCGCGGACUGCGUACCCCCUGCACCUCUAUGCGCUGGCGGCCGCGCUGGGAGUGGCCGCGCUGGGAGCGCUCCUGGCCGCGAUCCUCUGCCGGUGGUGGCGGCGGAGGCGACGGGACAAGGAGGAUUCACUAUAUGAAGUUGCUUUCCAUGGCACUGCAGAUGUCACCAGACUGGAAACUGAUGUGGAGGUCCCUGUUAAGUGCCUGCUCACAGAGACAAAUCCUAAGACUUCAACAUCCAAUGACACUCCCACCACUAAGGAAAACAGCCACAAUGGCAUAUGCAUCAGGAAAAGUCCUGAGUAUGAGAACCUCCUGACUGCAAUGGAGUCAGAGUAUGAAAUAGAAUUUAGUGGAGUACCAGCAAUUCCACACUAG